AUGAAGUGGCCGGCCAUUAUACUGCUGCUGUUCAACACAUCAAGUCCUGGAAAUGACAAAUUCUUCAGAAAUGUUCUGUGCAAAUCAGUCACACCACCAAAAGUGGAGACCUCCGAGCAAACACAGACGGAAGUCACUGCUGGCGACGUAAGCACGCUUUCUGACAACGACGGCAGACGGUAUACAUGUCUCAAUGAAUUUAUCCUCGAACGCGGUAUUAAAAUAAUUCCGUGGGACUGUACGCUACUGAAAUACAAAAUGAUGCUCGCCACAGCCUUUCGAGGAACUCGCCUACAGCAAUGGCUUCAGACACUGAAUGAGAGAACAGAGUACCCGGUACUUGUGGCUGUUGGAAGGAUGGGCAGCGGGCGAGUGGUGUGCAGCAAACUGGAUGGCAUAAAAGUUGACCUGCGCCAAACACUGCAUUGGCUAGAUGUGGUGACAAAAGCCCAUUUUAACGACUAUGUGCUGCCUCAGCCCAGCGAGUUAAAAGCAAAAUGCAUGGACGCCUCGGUAUCUUCAGUCGAACCCUCCACACGUCUUAUUUGUGGCGCUGGUGAACUCUCCGGCUCUGCCGUGGAAAAGACUAAGGGAAGAGGUUUAACAACAAACAAAGACACGAUGACUGUGGUAAGCUUUGCUUGA